AUGGCCCCUCCGAGUGGCGUCGGUAAGCGCGUCAAGGGCUGCCAAAUCUACCGGCCAUUUGUCUACGGCUCGACGUCGAGGCCAUUUGACGACAAGACCAACCCCAAGCCGCCCGGCGUCCCCGACGACCACACACACUCCUGGACAGUCUUUGUCCGCGGCGUCGACAACACCGACAUUACAUAUUGGCUGCGCCGUGUCCAGUUCAAGUUGCACGAGUCCAUUCCCAAUCCUGUUCGAAUGAUUGACGGCGAACCCGGCAAGCCGUUUAUUGUCGAAGAAACCGGCUGGGGCGAGUUCGAAAUCACCCUCAAGCUGUACUAUGUCUCGGAGAGCGGCGAAAAGCCCCAGACCCUCUACCACCACCUCCGCCUGCACCCCUACGGCCGCACCGACGAGGACCGUGAGGCCAUGCGGGCCACCGGCGAGGUCCCCGCCUGGACGUACGAGGAACAGCUCUUCAACGAACCCUACGAGGCGUUUUACGAGAUUCUGACGACGGGCGCGCUGGCGUUGCCCAAGGGAGCAGCCGCAGCAGGAGGAGCUGCUGGUAGUGGUGGUGGUGGUGGCGGCGGUGCCGCCGGCAGCCCGGCCGCCUCGUCUGCUGCGGCCGCCGCGCUCGCGCCCAUUGGCAAACGCAGCGAGGGCGGUGUGUUGGCGCGCAGUGCCAUGGUGCCGCUGCUCUCGCGGCAACACAGCCCGUUUAGCAAGGAGACGGAGCAGCUGGAGAUCAAGAAGCUUCAAGAAGCACAGGGCAGUGUGCAGAGCAUGACCGAGAAGCUGCUGGCCGAGCUGCGCGUCAAAGAGGAGCGGCUGGCGGCGCUCAAGAAGGAGGCCACGGACGCCAUGGUGGCAGGUUGA